UCCAUGCGGUCGGAAGAAACAAUUGACAAAAUCGGCGAAUUGCCGAGUAUGUCGAUUGAACGGGUGCAGGCGCCACUCCCCUCGCCCGUAACGCCUGCAUAUAUCAAGAUGGUGUGUUCACGGAGGGAGAGGGAGGGGGGCAUGGAGGCACACGACGAGGUCGAGGAGGCGUGUCGGAGCUUUGAGAACUACUUGAUGGAGAUGUUGGUGGAGGAGAGGGAGGUGAGGGAUUUGAUGGACGUCGAGGAGCUUCUCGAUUGCUGGGAUAGCUUGAAGUGUCCCGAGUUUAUCGAGUUGGUGUGUAGAUUCUAUGGAGAGCUGUGCAAGGACUUGUUCUCAAGUGAUCUGCCGUCUGAGGCGGCGGCAACGGCAACGACGGCAAAUGAGAAUGCAGCUGAUAAGAAAUUGAUAGAGAAAUGACGCACU